UAUUCGACAAUUAUACGUGGAAUGGUCAUGCUUUGAUCCAAACCCUAAAUCUAGAUUAAGUUGUUGUUGCCACUUUGUUCUGCUUCAUUCCGAAGUGUGCAUGCGUCGAUGGGUGCUUUACGAUCGCGCAUUGCAAGCAUAUCUCAAUAAGUUUUUCUAACUGUAGAAUACCAAUGGUCUGUUGGAAUUUAAGGUCCGUUGAUUUAUAGCAUCACUAUUUUUUUGAGGAUGAGAAUCUAAACUGCUUUAGAAUCAGUGUUGGUACCGGAUAUGAGAAUUCGCGGAGGUGAGUCUUCAUCAAUAUUACCAGCUCUUCUCCUGCUUGUCGUCAGCUACUUGCGUUGGUUUAGAGCUGCUCAAUUGAACCAAGUGCGUUGAGGGAUAGGCUUUUCAGCUUGGCUGAGAAAAGAAUAAUUGGUGGAUUGAGGUUUAGUCAGGGUUUUGUCGUGGUGAGAAUGGAUUGGCGAUCUCGUAGGAUGAGUCCACAGUGGAAUAAGCAUAUGGCCGAGACGUUCUAGAAGAGAUUUUGCGAAUGUUUGAAAGGGACUGAUGCUGCCGAAGGAGGUGAUAUCUGUCUGCGAUGGCACACAUACUGCGACUCCUGUGCCGUGGCUACUUUGUUCAGCGACAUCACUUAGUGUCAGCUUCCUCCCGGCGUUUUGCGCACACUUUGGCUGAGUCCUGCGUCCCUGCUGCAGAAUCAGAUAGUUCAAAUGAAUUUGUUUCAACAAUUUCGUCCUUAGAUGCGCAGUUUGCUGAAGAAUUUGACAAUAACAAUGUCCAUGCUGCAUCCAUCAGCAGUUCAAAGGAUUGGUCUAGAGACUAUCAACUUGAUAAAGUCAUGACAAGACACCUUGAUAGUGCUGUAUUGGGUGUGAGACGCCUCUUCGAUCUCGUUAAGCAAAAUAAGCUUGAAGAGAUGUUAGUAGUGCACGAUGAAUUAGCGGAGAAGGAGAAAGAGACGCUGCAUACAUCAAUGGAUGUUGUUAUGUAUUCUCGUUUAAUGACACGUAUUCGGGAGUUACGGCCUCAUUAUGUCCUCCCGGUUUUCCAACGCAUGCUGUCUAUAGGGGUAGUUCCAAACGUGGUCCCGUACACGAUUUUGGUACAGGCUUUCAUGGAGAUAGUGGCAAGGGAGGAUGGGAAAGGUACUAAAGUAGUUUCAGCUACUCAGGAGCUGUACGUGACAAGGGCUUUUGAGUUAAUAAAGGAGAUGCGAGGCAAGGAUAUACUUCCCAACAAGUUAACCUAUAAGCCCAUAAUGUCAUGGCUUGCUGCUAAGGGAAAUGUAGGUCAGUUUCAAGAACUGCGGAAGUUGAUGGAAGACGAUGGAGUGCCUUUUGAUGGAGUAUUUAAAUACUAUGAAAUCCAACUUUUUCUGCAGUCACGUGAUUUUGAAAGAGCAAAGUCUCUUUACCUUGCUGCUAAGAAGUUGGAUCAGAAGCUGCCUUCGUCAUUAGAUUCUCGGUUCCUGACGGCAUUGGCAAAGGAGGAUAACAUAUCUGUUGUGGUGGACUUGCUCCCGAAAGUUAUACCCACCAUAAAGUCGAGUGCUAGUGUGGUUACUGCAAUGCAGUGUCUCGGCAGACAUUUUCAGCGCGAUGCUGCUCUGCAAGCCUUCUCUUUGUUGAAAACUAAAGGUACCAGUGAUCAACAAAUGACCUUUUACUUGAACGCCUACAUCCAAGGAUUUAGUCAAGCCGGCAAGCUGGCUGAUGCCAUAAAUGCUUUUAGAGAGCUGGAGAUUGUAUCUCAGGUCAAGGGAGGACAACAUCUGUUCAAUAUCCUCAUAGACUUCUGCUGCAAACAAGGCAAGAUUUCUCAAGGCCUUGAUUUCUUGGACGAGAUGCAAGUAAGAAACUUGGAGCUUUCUUCGUUCUCCUUCAAUCCAUUUAUUCGAGAAUUUGGGCGGUGGACAAUGAUUGAUGAGGCAUUUGAAAUGAAAGCGGCAAUGCUUCGGCUGGGAGUACAGCCGACUGUUGUGACAUACAACUCACUUAUAAGUGCUUGUGUCAAGAUUGGUGAUUUGGAGAGGGCGUGUAGCUUAUUUCCCGAAAUGAAGGAGCUUGGUGUGGAGGCCAAUACUCACUGCUACAACCCUCUUAUUCAAGGCUUUGCUAUGCAGGGACGAUUUGAUCGAGCCCUAGCAGUUAUGAGGAGUAUGGAUGCAGCUGGUGUGAAGCCAGAUGUGAACACUUACCGCCUUCUCAUAUUUGCCUGUUCUCUGAGCAAAGACCAGGACAAGGCAGAUCAGCUUUUUGCAGAAAUGCAAGAGCGUGAAAUAAGGCCAGAUGAGUCCAUAUACACUGUGAUGAUUAUUGUAUACUCGAAAUGUGGCAAUGUUGAUCGUGGUAUCGAGAUGAUUAGGAGCCUCGAAAAAAGCGGCGAAACAGCAGGAAUUGAGGCCAAGAGUGCCAUUUUACAUGGGCUUGCUGUUACUGGUCGCCUGGAGGAAGCCUUAGCGUUAUAUGCAGUUUUCAAAAGGGAACGCCUACUACCACAUUCAUAUGCUGUUGGCACUCUUUUGGCAGCGCUUGGUAAAGUGGGUGAUCUGGACAAGAUGUUUGAGUUAUUUGAGGAUGCUCGAGGAGAUGGCAAGUGGCCUUUUAUGAAUUUAAGGCAACGUGCAGAACAUCUCAACAUUCGGUGCAUAAAUUCGGUUCUUGCAUGUAUCCGUCACAACCAACUUGGGCGUGCGAUCAGUUUUCUACGAAAGGUGAAGGAAGAGGGCAUCGCCGACGAAGGUGUUUUAUUCGACAAGAUUUUUUUGCAUAUUUCUACCGGAGGGCAAGAUGAAAACGAAAUGCGCUGGUUAGACGUAAACGAUGGUUUUCUAGUGAUAAAUGCAAUGCGAGAGUUGGGAUUGCGACCAUCUCGAAUGUCUUUGGAAGCUCUCCUGGAUGGAUGUGCUGCCCUGAAUGACUCUCAGCAAGCUCAUCGAGUGCUUCAAGAGAUGGAGCGAGAGGGUCUGCAAUUAAAUAUUUUCUCUAUGAUCAGGGUGUUCCGUGCAUAUGUAGCAGGAGAAGAUGAAGAGAAAGCAUUGGAUCUGUUGAACCAAAUGCCAGAAGAAGAUUUGAAAGACAGUGACGUAAGAUUACUGCUUGUUCAGAUACUUCAACCACAUUAUGUGGCAGCUGCAGAUUCACCGAUUGCUGCAGAAGCACUAGAAACGUUGCCAAGGGUCCGGGAAAAAGUAGACGAAUUGCUGGGAGGGAACAUGAUACCAGAUACGGACAUAGUUUUAUGAGACAUCUCUGAUGGUAAUCGAACACUGUAAGGAGCACCAUGGAGCUGCCAAUAAUAUAGGAUUUUCACAAUCUCAACCACAAUACUAUUCUUUAGAAUAAGGAUCACUAAUCAAAAGUUUGUGAAAUAAUUUAUUGGUGUUUUAAUGCAACCAUUUUGAAGCUAAGACAAAAAUCUAAGUAAAAAUUAGGGUUAUUUUUAAUUCA